AUGGUCUCAUAUGAGGUCGUCAAGCAAUCCAAUGCUCGCAUCGCCUCACUUCCAAAGGGCCUCGUGGCACUCUUCAUAGGGGCCACAUCGGGCAUCGGCCAGAGCGCCCUGCAACAAUUCGCACAGCACGCGUCUGCCCCAAAGAUCUACAGCGUCGCCCGGCCGGUAUCCGCUGCCAACCAUGAUAAAAUGUUGUCCUCACUACGCGAGUCCAACCCCUCCGGCACUUAUAACCUCAUCACAGCCGACCACUCGCUCAUCUCCGACAUCGACAAGGCCGUGGAAGUUGUCAAGCAGAAAGAGACGAAGCUGGACCUCCUGAUCUUGUCCCCCGGCUUCAUCGCCUUCGAGGGCCGCAAGGACACGAGCGAGGGCUUGGACCCGUCCAUGACGACGCGAUACUACUCACGCCAGCGGGCGGUCGAGCAGCUGCUCCCCUUGCUCGACAGGGCGGUGGCGCCGCGCAUCGUCUCGGUCCUGGCCGGCGGAAUGGAGGGGCAGAUCAACGAGGGGGAUCUGGACCUGAGGGACCCGGCCAACUGGUCCUUCUGGAACUCCUCGGUGCACUCCGCCACCAUGAGCACCCUGGCGCUCGAGUUAUUCGCGCGCGCGAACCCGCGCCUGAGCGUCGCCCACUGGUCCCCUGGCCCGGUGGAUACGCCAGGGCUCGACAGGGUGCAGAAGUCGGGCAUGAAGAUUUCAGAUCCUAUCAUGAGCCAGGACGAGGGAGGGGCUCGAGCCCUGUUUGUGGCCACUAGUGACAGAUACGCUGUUCAGGCAGGUCUCGUACCCGUGCCUGCGGGCCUCAUCGCUGCGAAGAAGACGGAUGGCGGUAUCUUUAUACUCGAUCCACAGGGGGAAAGUAUCGACAACGAGCAAGUCUUGAGUGACUUUCGAAAGCGAGGCGUGGAUAAGAAGAUUUGGGAUUUCACGCAAAAAGUGUUCAGUGAUGCCACUGCCCAGGCCUAA